UAUGAGUGUGUGUGUGUGUGUGUUUGUGUGUGUGUGUGUGUGUGUGUGUAUAUGUGUGUGUGUGUGUGUGUGUGUGUGUGUGUUUAACUCCUGAUCUGUACUUUAAUGUUUCAUUCAUCUCUUUCUCUCCCUCUAUUUUGUGAGCUUCGUCCUUUACUCUUUCUUUUAUCAAUUCAAUUCAAGCAAUCUCAGUUUUUCCUCCCUCUCUCUCUCUCUCUCUCUCUCUCUCUCUCCCUUCCUCCCCCCCCCCCCUCUCUCUCUCUCUCUGUGCAUCCCUCUUCCAGCCCCCUCCCUCCCUCAGUGUUCUCUACCUCCUGUUUCAGGUCUCUGUUCUCUGACUCUCCAGUCAGUUAGACAGACCUGCAUCUUCCUUCUUCUCUCUCUCUCUCUCUCUCUCUCCGUCUCUCUGAGAAGAUGAACAGAUGACUGUCUCUAUGUAAGAACGGAGGAGAAGAAUCGUUUGAUGGAUUUAAAGGAAAAUGCGAGCGUUGUGUGUCUUCACCUGUCUGAGUGUCUGCGUCUUCACUUCAGUUUGUCCUUUACAGAUGCAGUGUUAUCAGUGUGAGGAGACGCAGCUGAAUGAUGACUGUUCCUCAGCGACCUUCAUCAGGAACUGUACAGCGAACAUUCAGGACGCCUGUCAGAAGGAGGUGAUGGAGAACACACACGGUGUGUUCUACCGGAAGGCGUGUGCGUCCUACACCACGUGUCUCAUCGCCUCAGCAGGAUAUCAGCGCUUCUGUUCUCCAGGUCGUAUUGGCUCUGUGUGCAUCAGCUGCUGUAACACCCCGUUGUGUAACGGGCCACGCCCACCACACACACACUCCACAGCAUACACACACACCUACACACACAGCCAUCACCUGCUCUACAUCCUCACGCUGUCUGCCAUGGCAACAACCACCCUCACACCCUGAGAGUUGGAGCUGAAACCCAAACUGGACAAAACUUUAAAGGACACGUUUGCAGCUGGAGGAAAUAAAUAAUGAAUAAAGUUACACACUGUUGGUGAUGAGGUUCAAAACUACGUGCUAAAUAAGAUCAAAGUUUUAAUAAAGAUACAAUUUAACAGUAUUGAUGUGAUUCAUGACUGACACAAUGGGGGGAAUUGUGAUUAUAGUGUGUGUGAUUGUAGUGUGUGUGUGUGUGUGUGUGUGUGUGUGUGUGAUUAUAGUGUGUGUGAUUGUAGUGUGUG